UCACCUUUCCAAACUAGUUAAUCCCCACCGAAACGUUCACUAUCCUAGGGUGUAUAAUCAAAAUCACGAAAUAUACCCAUACAAUAUAUUGAGUCCGCUAUAAAAUAACAUGUAGGUGGUUGUUUUAAAUGCGGUACAUUUGUCGUAGUUUCACACUUAUCACUCGCGCCGAUUUCCACAGUUUUCCCUUGAUUCACUCGGUUUCGUAGCAGUCCGCUUUACUCGCCUUUUGGGUGCGGUGGAUUCGACACCGGUCCUUAACGAUUGCGAGCAGCCAGUGACGUCAUAGACGCCAUUACUAAUCAGCGCCAUCUACCGCCCUCCAUCAAACAACCUACUUUACCGACAAAACACCUUCAACUACUCACCCAUAGAUGGCGCCACUCUAUCAAAGAUACCUACUUUGACAGCCGUUUGACUUUUCGCCAAAAAAAUAAACGUCUACGCACGAUUUUGCAGCCAAACGCUGAAAUUCGACAUCGUGCGCCUGUUUUAAACCCUGUAAAGUGUCCGUAUGGUGUUUUUGUUCGUUAAAUACAGUUAUUCAAACGUCUCGCCCUACAUGUUGUGAUUUUAAAGGCCGAUAAGUGAGCAUUUUUAGGUUAGCUUCUUUACUGGCCAAAUUAUGUUCAGCAACAUGAAUAAGCCCACUUUUGGGGCCACCUCGAGUGCUGGUUUUGGAUUCGGUCAGACGCAAACGACGAACGCUAAUCCAUUCGGCCAGCCGCAGCAGUCGACGCUGUUCGGUAAACCGGCCGCCGGCGGGUUCGGCAGCCCGUCCACCUCCACUUUCGGACAGCCCCAGGCGGCGGGCGGCGGUCUGUUCUCGGGCGUGCAGCAGCAACAGCCCGGCGGCCUCUUCCAGAAUGCCAACACCUCGUUCGGGGCCGCUCCCGCGACCCAAACCGGAUUCGGUGGCGGUGGCGGUUUAUUCGGCCAGCAGCCGUCCACCAGCGCUGGGAUUUUCAACUCGCCCACCUCGUCCUUCGGACAGCAAGCAAAACCGGCCGGUUUUGGUUUCGGACAGACGCAGAAUCAGCCGUUGAUGUUCGGACAGCAGCCGCAGGCCGCAGCGACGUCAAAUUUGUUCGGCGGCGCGGCCCAAUCUAGCAACCUGUUCGGCAACACCGCGACCGCAGGUUUCGGCAAUCAACAGAGCGGAACGCCGGUCAAGUUUAACCCGGUCACCGGCACCGAUACUAUGGUCAAAAACGGUCAAACUCAGAGUAUCAACACCAAGCACCACAGCAUUACUUGCAUGAAGGAAUACGAAGCAAAAUCGUUUGAAGAGUUGAGGUGGGAAGACUACCAAGUCAACAGAAAAGGUCCGCAACAAGGUUCGACCGGAUUCGGCGCGGCCACGCCCUUCGGCGGCGCGCCCGCCUCCUCGGCGCCGACGAUGUUCGGCCAACCGACCGACCAGAACAAAUCAGCGUUCGGACAAACGUCGUCCGUGUUCGGACAGUCGACUACGACGUUCGGCCAGCAGGCCGCCGGCGGAUUCGGCAUGACCGCGCAGCCGAACCAGAUGGCCGGCGGCGGCAUGUUCGGCGCCAAACCGGCGGGCUUCGGCGCCGCCGCCAGCACCGCCACCACCACCGGGUUUGGCUUCGGGGCGCAAACGCAAGCGGCAAACCCGUUCGGAGCGGCGCAACCGAACAAACCGUUCGCCGCAGGAGCGUCGGUAUUCGGCGCGACGACGUCGCAACCGACCGCCGGUUUCGGUACGACCGGCGGCAUGUUCGGCGCGCAGCAGCAGCAAACCGCCACCACAGGAAUGUUCGGUAAACCGGCGCAACCGACCGCGGCUUUCGGUCAGCUCGGCUCUACCGGAUUCGGUAUGAGCCAGCCGACGGCAUCGGCGCCUACCAACACUUUGUUUACCGCGAAUAAACCGCUUUUUGGACAGACGACCACGACUCAAGGUGCCGGUGGUUUCGGAGUCGGUACCAACACUUUUGGACAGACGAAUACCUCGUCCUUUGGCGCGUCUUUGAACAAACCGGCCUUCGGUGCCGGUUUGAAUACCGGACUCGGUUUCGGGAACACCUUUGGAACUCAGCAGCAGACUACGGGUUUGUUCGGCAACGCAGGCAAGCCGGAGGGGGGCGGACUGUUCGGGAACGCGCAGUCGGGCGGGUUGUUUGGCAACGCCGCCUCUUCCGGCGGUUUUCAGGGGUUCGGAGGCGGCAGUUUCGGGCAGGCGCCCACGCAGACGGACACUUUUUCGACGGGGGCGCAGUUUUCGGGCGGGAAUCUGGCCUCGCUGACGUCAGAUCCGUUCGGGGAUGCGCCGCACCUGGCGGGGCUCGAGCCGAAGGCGAGGGUGGCGCCCGCGCAGCAUCCUUCGGUGGCCACCAACCCGACGGAGCUGAAGAGUUUGCUGGACAGCUCGAAGAAGGUGGAUAUGACGCAAGGGACCCGGUUGAAGGUGUUUCCUAAAAUUAGAAAGGACAGCCUCUUCGAUGGUCUGCAGCAUUCGGAGGCGGAAACGCCCGACUACCUGAAGACCUCGUGCCGACGGCUCGUGGUGAAGGCGAGGGCGCCCGAGAACCCGAACCUCCUGCGCGACGAGAUCCUCAACGUGCUCUGCUCGCCGGAAAGCGCAGGCGCGGCGAGGAGUCGGGCGCCGGGCGGAGACGCCACGCCCGCCUCGCUCGGUAAAGAGGACGGCGCGAGCCGAUUGGUCGGCGCGAAGGCGUUAGAGAGUGGUGGGGGAAAGAAGGUGGCGCCGCUCAAGUUGACCUUCGAGACCACGAUGCAGGAGGAUUCGAUUGGCGGCUUGCAGGGCGGUACUUUGGGGGGAAAACCCAACUUGUCGGCGAACCGAAGUUCAUCGCUCAUCCACCAGGACCUAGCGUCCGAUCCUGCGGACGACUACGACCAACUGAACCCCGACUCAAAAGACCGCGCGGGCUCGGGGGACUCCCCCCAACCCCCCCACCCCACCGGCAUAGUCUGCACCCGCCCCGAGUACUACACUUUACCCGCGCUCGACGAAUUAACGCGCUACGUCGACGCGGACGGCGCAUGCGUCGUAAAAGGCUUCACCAUCGGCCGCAGAGGCUUCGGCAACGUGUACUUCCCCGAAGAAAUCGACGUUGCCGGGUUGAACGUCGAUCAACUCGUCCAUUUCCGCUAUCGCGAGAUAAACGUCUACCCGGACGAGACCAAAAAACCCCCCAUCGGGCAGGGUUUGAAUCGCAGAGCGCAGGUCACUCUAGAUAGAGUGUACCCGAAGAAAAGCGGCACCAACCACUUGAUCAAAGAUUGCGCGGAAUUGGUGCAGAUGAAUUUCGCCGAGAAGCUUCGCAAAGUGACCGUCAAAAAGAACGCCAAGUUCAAAGAUUACCGACCCGAGACCGGGUCGUGGGUUUUCUUGGUCGAGCAUUUUUCAAAGUAUGGUUUCACCGAUAGCGACGAUGAAACCGAUAGCAACGAAAAAAACGCAAAAGAUUCAACGGUUAAGGGAAAGGAACAAAAACAAAAAGAAGGCAACAAGAUUCCCAUUGAAGAUGAUAAAUUCCCCAAAGAAGGCACAAAGUACGGCAUCGAUGACGAUAUCGUCAUCGACGAUGACAACUCCAACGAAGACGAUUUGCUGCAGCAAUCGAUGUUAGUGGACAUGCACGAAAAUUACCACGAAAUCCCCACGGAAGUGCCAGACUUGCACAUGCCCUACGAUUCCUACAAAGCGAGCAAAAACAUCCAACUGAUGAAAUCGACGCUUUUUGCCGAAGACGACCGAUCCAGCGACGCUUCAUCGCACGUUUCAAUAAUCAGACAGUACUUGGAUAUACCGGAAGAGGUGCCGCAACAUUUGCCCCCCAUCAGGGAGGAACCUGUUGCGAGGAGAAGAGCCGUCGUCAGACCCAACGUGUACAAAGUCUACAACUUUGGAGGUUCCGAUACCGUUCCAAAAAUCGAAUCCAACAGCAGUUAUAUGGACAUGGCCGUUUUUAAAGGGAAAUCCUUUAAGAUCGGCUGGUCCAAAGGAUUCAAUUUUUGUCAGUUGAAAUCUCGGGGCGAAGUGAGCGGCGAAAUCGAAUUUUGCGCGUUAAAAUUCAAAGACGACGGCCACUUCGAUCCUCUUAACGAAUGUCUGGCGGACAGUCUUAAAAUCGUCCUUGAGGAGUCCACGUACGAACUCACCGAUAAUAUACCAACAUUUAGGAUAAAAAAGGGGAAAAAUUAUCUUCUCAAGCAGGCCGAGUUAUUCGAUCGGCUUCGCACUAAGUUUAACCGGUCGGAAUCUCGCUAUCUGGCGAGCGUGUGGCAACUAUGCUUAGCGCUGUGGGGGCCGGGAGAAAACACGUGGCACCACCGCAGAUACCUCCUCAGCGAGUGGUUAAAGUCGAAUUUAAACGAUAAAAACAUCGCGAGCAUUAAUAUGUUUAGGGAUAUUUUUGAUUUGCUGGCGGGGUUUAAAAUCUACGAGGCGGCCAAUUUGUGCGUCGAAAAUCGCAUGCCAAACUUGAGUUUGAUCGUGUCUCAGUUGAGUUUGACGGGGCGGACCAAGUGUUUGCUGCAGGGGCAGAUAGAGGCGUGGUACGACUCUCUAACGGCGAGUUAUAUAUCCGACGAUGUUAAGCGCAUUUAUUUGUUGCUGUCCGGUAUACCCUCGAAGGAUAAUGUUAACGUUUUCGAGGAUUUGGAGUGGAAGACAGCGUUCGCUCUGCAUUUGUGGUACGUCGUACCGAACGGCGCCCACAUCGAUUCGGCCAUAGAGAUGUACAAGAACGCGUUCGAGGAAAUCGGUUACGCGGAGAAACCUACCCCCCCGUACAGCAAAAGCUACGAUGAUAAUGCGUACGACGUGCUCUACCAUAUUCUGCUGCUUUUUAAGUCCAACAUCCACCGAUUGAGCAGCGUUUUAAACCCCGCAACGCACACAGAUAACCCGCUCGAUUACAAACUCUCGUGGUUGCUGUUGCAGCUGUUUUUGUCGCUUGAAGUUGGUAUCGUGGACGCGCCGGAAAAAAUCAAGUUCUGCGCGAGCUUUGCGAACCAAUUGGAGUCCAUGGGUAAAUGGGAGUGGGCUGUUUUCAGCCUGCUGCACAUAAAUGACAACAGCACUAAGAGGAAAUUGGUGGUGGAUAUCCUCGAGAGGAACUUAUCCGCCGAUGUGGAUAAAGCGACGCUUGAAGCGCAAAACAACCUGGUGAACAACAUGAAGAUACCCGCGGAGUGGAUACACCGCGUUAAAGGGGAAAAAAACAACGCGCUCGGGCGUUAUUACGAGGCCUUUAACCAUUUCACAAAAGCGCUGGAUUACGGGAGAGCCAACGACAUCCUCUUGGAGCACAUUCUGCCCGGUUUGUUCAUCAACGAACAGUACGCGAUAAUCAAGAUGAUGAUCGAAGAGAUUUCUCCCGGUUGCGAUGUCAUUUUACAUUACCAGCACGGUGCGGGUUUGAUGGCCGACUUCUUAAACCUGCAGGACAAAGUCAUAACCUUCAAACAGGAAGAGUUGUUUAGGCUUCAGAGUCAGUUGAACUCCAUCAGCGAGAGGUUAAGGUUCUUCCCGGUAAAAACCGAGCAGCAGAAGUUGUGCGUCGCGGAAAUGUCGAAGAGGUGCUCCUGGAUCUACAAGGAGCUCUGCAAAAAGUCCAAAAACAGCAUUUUGACCUCUUCUUUCUCCCACUUCAUCGAUAACCUCGUUAUGCCUCCGGACUUCAAGCAAAACGAGGCCCUGUAUUUGAUUAACGAAUUCGAUAAUUUUAGGCUCGUAAAAUAUUAGGAUUAAUAACCGUAUCUCUUAAGAAUUAUCGUUACUUUUUACUAUAAAAUAAAACCCCAUUGUUAAUUAAGCAGAACUUGUACAAUAAAAAUGUGUUACUAUUUUGUAUAUAAAAACGAUUUGUUGUCUUCAAAGACAGGCAUUUCAAAAAUGAUUUGUUUUUUGCGUAAGCAAAGUAUCUCGUCUCUUAUACUAUUACAAUAAAGUUUUUUAAUCAAAUUCGAGUUUUUUAUUUACUCUCCAGAGAAAGUGGAAAAAGCUAAUCCUGAAAAACUUGAACCAAACAAUUUGGAUGAUUUUGUAGAAAAUUUGGACACCUUGCGAGAUACAAAUGAAGAUGUAAAACAAAAAAAUACCACCACGAAAGAAAAAACAGUCAAGGAGAGACUGUCAAGUCUAUAAAAAGUGAUAUCCACAAGUUUUAAUGGGUAUUAGCACGAAUUCGAUAAUUUUAGACUCGUAAAACAUUAGGCUUAACCGUAUCUCUUAAGAAUUAUCGUUACUUUUUACAAUAAAAUAAAAACCCCAUUGUUAAUUAAGCAGAACUUGUACAAUAAAAUGUGUUACUAUUUUGUAUAUAAAAACGAUUUGUUGUCUUCAAAGACAGGCAUUUCAAAAUUGAUUUGUUUUUUGUGUAAGCAAAGUAUCUCGUCU